AUGCCUUCCUUCUUCCACUCCGUUGCUAUCAUUGCCCUUCUGGCCGUUGCCAUACUGAGUGGUGUUGCCAGUGCCUAUCCUCAGCCUGCAGUCACCGAUGUGAGCGUCCCCUCAGAGAGUUCCACCACACCGAUCAUGUUAUACAAGGAACGUGAUGGCGACAUCAUAAAGCGUUCCAAAACAUUGAAAAUUGGUGCAAACCCCGAAAAGGCCCAUACCUGUCCCAAGACCAAUCGCUACGCAACCCCGGUUGAAUACUCGUCGGGGCAGCUUCAGAAGGCCUUCAUCCAGGCAGCACAGUAUGCCAACGAUGGUAAACAAAUUGGAGCCAGAAAAUACCCGCAUUAUUUUGGCAAUAAUGAGAAAUUGCCUUUUGACUGUGGAAAGAAGAAGAUGGAGUUUCCUCUUGAUAAGGACAGCCCUGGUAAUGUUUAUAGUGGGCAAGCUGUGACGGAUCUCCCAGACCGUAUUGUAUUAGAGGUCAAGGAAGAAAAGAAAGUAACGCGUGUCAAGUUCUGCGGAGUCAUGCGCCAUGGAAAUGAUGGAGACUUCCUCAACUGCUCGUAG